CGUGAUAAAUUUCGUGGAAUCAACGAAGUACAGAAUUUGGUCGACCUGAGUGACUUUGUCAUAUUGCUACUGGGUCUCAAAACGCUCUUAUUCCAUUCUGGUCAAAUUGACCCUUCUAUUCCAAUGUGUUCUACCACACAGGCUACCUGGAGUAUCUGAUGAUACCCGUCUUAACUAGGAUGUGAUACUACCUGGACACACCAGGAAGUUGAUAACUAGGCUAAGAAGUGAGUAUGGCCGCUGGUACAUCUCACCUGUUGUCUGCUGCCAUCGAUUUCGGAACAACAUUUUCCGGAUAUGCCUUCUCAACUACAAACGACUUCAAGUCCAGUCCCCAAAAUGUAGCAUCAGUGACGUGGUCGGCAGGUUCAGGCUGUCUCCAGUCCCUUAAGACAUCGACAUGUGUACUGUUCGAUCAGAAUGGCGAUUUCCAUUCAUUCGGUUUCGAGGCAGAGGAUAAAUAUAGUGAUUUAGCAUAUGACAACCUCCACAAAGGCUGGUACUACUUCAGGAGGUUCAAGAUGAUCUUGUAUCAGCAAAAGGAACUAAACAGAACAUUCCAUAUCAAGUCCCUUGAUGGCAAGACGAUGUCUGCCAUGAAGGUGUUUUCCUCUGCUAUUGGUUACCUGAAGGACCAUCUUAUUAACACGUGUAAAUUGCGUGGGGCGGACGUACGGAUGGACGAAAUUAUUUGGGAACUGACAGUGCCUGCAAUAUGGAGCGAUCCCGCAAAACAGUUUAUGAGAGAGGCUGCAUUAGAGGCAGGCAUACCAAACAACCAAUUACAGUUAUCGCUGGAACCCGAGGCUGCGUCGUUGUACUGUAAACAUCUCCCUGUAAAUGUGAAAAGUGACCAGUUCACGGUAUUCAAAAGUGGAUAUAGAUACAUGGUAUUGGACGCUGGAGGAGGAACCAUCGAUAUCACUGUCCACGAGGUGGAGCCUGGAGGAACCCUUCGAGAGUUAUACAAAGCUAAUGGAGGAGACUGGGGAGGAACAAAUGUAGACCUUGAGUUCGAACGUCUGCUUGCUGAUCUUUUGGGGUCAAAAGUCUUCGAAGACUUCAGGAAAGAGUGCGUGCCUGACCUGCUGGAAAUGUAUAGAAGUUUCGAGGUCAAAAAGAGAUCGAUUCAGGCAACAGGCGAUGACAAAGUUACUUUCACGGUUCCUAUAAACCUACAGGAGACAUUCAAACGGUUGAAUCCUGGAGCUGACCUUGGCAAAAUGAUUGAAAAUAAUCCGAAAUAUUCAAGAGAUGUAACAUGGCGUGGAGACAAACUUCGUAUGUCUGCUAAUCUGACAAGAUCUCUUUUUAAAACAUCUCUCGACAACAUUACUGGCCAAGUGAAGAUGCUUCUGCGACUUCCAGAAGUGUCCGGUGUUGGUGCAAUCUUGAUGGUAGGAGGUUAUUCCGAGUGUCCACUUCUGCAAAAUGCCAUAAAGAAUGCAUGCCCCAAUCUUCGGAGAAUUGUCCCAGGAGAUGCAGGAUUAGUUGUCCUUAAAGGUGCCGUUAUAAACGGCCACACACCUGCCACUAUAUCGGAGCGUGUUUGCAAGUACACGUAUGGCGUUAGGUGCAGAAGAACGUUCAUAGAGGGUUUCCACAAGGAGGAAUACAAAAUCAACAGUGUCAGAGGAAUAAAAUGUAAUAAUAUUUUCGAGGUACAUGCGAGAAUAGGAGACUUGGUCAAGAUAGGACAAGCAUGUCAACCAUUUAGACAUGUAGUCGUUUCCGAAAAACAAAAGAUUAUGAAAAUCAGAAUUUUUGCCUCAGAUGAAAAAGAGCCAAUCUACGUCACCGAUGGAGGUUGUCAAAAGCUAGGAGCUAUCGUCAUUGACAUGCCAGAUAUAACAAACGGACUUAAAAGAGGAAACACUGUGAGUAUGACGUUCGGAGGUACUGAAAUCGAGGUGAAUGCAGUAGACAUUGAAACCGGCAGAAAACACCGAGCAUUCUUCGACUUCUUGGGAUAAAUGACCGAAAAAGCUUGCAUCGCCUUCGUAAACAAUAAUUGUAAACGUAAGGAAAGAGUGGUGUUGGUAGAUCUAAUUAACAAGUAAAAGCAAUGAUUGUGAAGCUCAACGGCGGCAGUCUUCGCGAAAUUCUUAGGAUUAGAAAUUAGAAUGCCUAAUCAAUUAUGCAUUUCAUAAUCAAACACCGAAAUACAUAUACGGAGUGUAAACAAAUCGUUUUCUGAAUGUUCCAGUCAAAAUAUUCUCAUUUUUGUCUUACAAAUCAACUAAGUAAUAGGGGCGUGUAGUAUUUGCUAUAGGCUGCUAGGCAAACAUCCCAGGAACAGAUACCCGACAAUUUAACGAUUUUGACAAGUGAUUUCUUUCCUUUUAUCUUAAUUCUUGGCCUUAUGGUUUAUCAGAAAAAGACGUUUUAUACAUGAAAUAGAUACACACAAAAAAAAAAAAAAAAAA